AGCUAGGGUGGGCUAAAUCAGAACAUGGACACACACAAACAUACUUAGCAGGAGGGGGGUGGCACUGGAGCGUUCUACAGUUGCUCAGUGACACAAAUACGUUCAUGAGGAAAAACCCGGAGAUUCCCUUUUGGUUUCAUACAUCGAGGAUUUUACUGGACACACUUCUUUUGAGUUUGGAUUACUUUGGUCACUGUGAGGCUCCUGGAUAACCUGUGUGGAUAUCUACUGUAUCACAUCGCUGCUCCUGUGGGUGCAGGCACAUGUUUGGUAAUGGGUGUCAGACUGUGAGGAGACUGGGUGCACGAGAAGAGCGACAGAUUGACAAGAGCAAACAAGCAGACGCACAUAAAACCCAACGCAGCUUUUGUUUGUGGUGACACACGAACCAACCCAUCAAAUCCUCAUCUCUAUUUAUUACCAAUGUGAUAUUUGAGAUUUAGAUUAAAUGAACUAUAUCUAAACAGCGCAAACUAUUCCAUUUACUAGCUCUAGCAGCUGCCGUGGUGUCUCCUGCGAAGCAAGCAACUAGUACAUAAAAUAAUGUAAAUAUUUGUAGCUGACAUUCCAGCGUCAAAGUUUUUUAAGAAGUUGCCUCUCAUGGCGUUUGGAAGCUGAUACUGUGGAGAGCUGCAUGACACAGCUUUAAAGAUUAGUUAGCUUCCAGAUAUAUUCACUGAGAUAUAUUCACACCAUCUGUCCAUCCGUCAAGAGGAGGCGAGAUGUCGAGGCCUCCGUCCUCCCAGACCACCCCUCAGUUCUACAGGGUCAGCGAAAGAGAUCUCUCCGAGGUGGAGCUCCACUCUGUGGACUCUAUCAACGAUCUCCACCGAACACACCCGGAACACAGCCACAAAGUGAUGAGGCCUCCUCGUCCUGCGUACUCCCCCUCCUCCAAUGGGAAUCUCUACACAAGUGACAUGACAGCUGUCAAUCAAAGAGGCCGUCCAGUCAGCGGCAAAUGGCAGAGUCGUCUACAGGACAUGUUGACACCCAGUUCAUCGCGUGCCUAUGCCAUGGGCUGUGCUAUUAUCACCCUGCUUCUGCUAACAGUGUUACUCAUCUUCUACUUUUUGGUCCAGCAGGGCGGCGCAGUCCGAAUGCUGACUGAGGCACUAAAGGAGAAAGAGGCUGCAGCCAGAGAGCUGUCACUGUUGAUCCAAGAAUUGCAGUCCCUGAGACACAACCUGACAGCCCUGAGAGGAGGGACAUAAUAUGCACAGAAACCAAACAUGAAUACACACACACACACACACACACACACACACACACACACACACACACACACACUGGACAUGAGAGUAAAACUGUGUUUUACACUGGAUUUUUCCUUGAGGAGGAAACACUUGUUGAAAUGCUCUCUAAAUGUGUCUGUGUUCAUGAUAACAUGUAACUGAUGAAACUGUAGAUGUAGUGUGGAGACGGGAGGUUUCUGGAAACAUUUCCUCUCUCACCUGCUCUGCUAACUGUAUGAAAAGCACUUUUGAAUGAACCCAAAUAAUUUUUGUUCUGUGAUGAUGCUGUCAUUGAAGCUGUAUAAGUGGUUGGAUUAAAUGAAUGGAGGUAGUAUAUGUAUAUCAUAACAUUACAUUGUAUAACACACAUUUAAUGUAUUUGAUGAUUCAGCAUUAUUGCUCAAAAAUAAUUGUUAUUUUUGUGACACAAAGUCUAUGUCAAUGAUACACUGUCUUAAACCCUUUAAUGUCUUCACUAAGAAAAUAGCAAUAAAAAAAAAGAAUCCUUUUUAUUUCCAUGGGACAAUACUAACAAAAAUAAAUGUUUCAUUUAAAAAAAAAAA